AUGACGUUGGAAGUAUGUGGUGGAUCUAGGUGCAGCUGUGAUUAUGUUGAUGUCUAUGAUGGAACUCUCCAUAGUUCUCCUUUGCUUGGGAGGGUUUGUUCUGGCUCCUCCCACACCUUUACAUCAACAUCCAACAUGAUGACAGUGAGAUUCCAUAGUGAUCAUAGUGCAACAGCAAGAGGAUUUUUGGCAAACUAUCAUUCUAUCCCUGCAGAUCAGAACACAACUCUGCUUUGUUUACCGGAAUAUAUGCAGGCUGUCGUUAGCAGAAGCUACCUCAGCUCUGAAGGAUACGCAGCAUGGGAUGCCCACCUGCCCGACCCAUACUGCAGACCAAAGAUCACUCCAUAUUAUGUCAUCUUCAACAUACCAUACAAUGGCUGUCAGACCAGAAGAGAAGCAGAUGCUGAUACUAUUAUUUAUUCAAAUCUGAUCACGGUAACAACUUCAAGCGCCCCAAUAAAAAGAAAACGUGACCUUCACUUGCAUUUCAACUGCAAAAUGCUGCAAAACACGUGGAUAGAAACAAUGUAUGUUGCUCUUGAUCCCCUGGAGCUCAAUGAGACUCAGUAUGGACAAUAUGAUGCGAACCUUACAUUUUAUAACUCACAGUCCUUCCUGUAUCCAGCCUACGAUAUUCCUUACCAUGUUUCAUUAAAUCAGAAGAUAUAUCUGCAACUGUAUUUUCAUAGCUCAGACUCAAACCUGCAGCUGUUUUUGGACACAUGCAAAGCAUCACCCAACCGAAAUGACUUCACAACCCUGACAUAUGAUAUCAUCAGGAAUGGGUGCAUUCAAGAUUAUACCUAUGAGACCCAUUAUUCACCACAUAGGCAUAUUCUUCGGUUUUCCUUCCGAGCCUUUGACUUCAUUCGCAGAUAUCCAUCAGUUUACCUGCAGUGUAAAGUGGUGGUUUGCAGAGCAGAUGACUAUAAUUCCCGAUGUAAUCAUGGCUGUCAGAAUGUGCUGAGAUCUAUGAGAGAUACAAGCUCUUACCAGGAAAAACUGGAUCUUGUGAUUGGGCCAAUUACACUACAGAAGAAUGGCAUUCAUAAAAGAAAUUCUGUAUGGGAAGUGAUGCAGCAGACGGUCGUGUAG